ACAAGACAAAAAACAAGAGGGGCACUACAAUCCAAUCCUCCUCUCUCUUUUCCCAAACAAAGUUUUACCGUCUUCUGAAACCAACAAUGAAAAGGAGAAGAAAAGAAAGAAAACAGAAAACGUUUACCUUUCCUUUUGCCAAUUGCCAUGAACAAUAAUCUGAGCAAAUCAUAAAACCCCAUUUUUGUAUCCCUCUAUAAUUCCCACUUCCCCAACAAUCACAGCCAUAAAACCCCAAAAACCCAAGCUUUCAUCAAUGGCAGAAACCAGCACUAGCAGCAGAAGCAGCAGCUUCGGUUACUCCUCCAGUGGCUCACCAAUUUCCAACUUAGCCCAAGACCACCUCUUUACAAUCCUGCUGCGCCUCCCUGCGGAUUCAAUUCUUUGUUUUGCCAUGACCUGCAAAAAGUUCAGAGCUUUGGCAGCAUCUGACAGUCUGUGGGAGUCCAUAUGCUGGAGGGACUGGGGACCCAAAUCAGUAGAGGCCCUCAAAGCUUCAAACUUUGGCCUACAGCAGCUGCCAUGGAUGAGCUACAAGCAAGUCUCUAGGGUUGAUUCUGUUUAUUGCCGUAAACUUUCUGACCCAGAUGGGGGAUUGGGAUUUCCAUGUCCCAGGGCCUCUCAUUCCCUAAAUUUUGUGUCUGGUUGCUUGGUGUUGUUUGGUGGUGGAUGUGAGGGAGGACGCCAUCUAGACGACACAUGGGUGGCAUACAUUGGUAAUGAUUUUCGGAGAAUGUUGAAGUGGCAGAAGAUAAAUUCUGGCAUUCCAAGUGGUAGGUUCGGGCAUUCGUGUGUUGUAAUUGAUGAUUUUCUCGUUAUGUUUGGAGGAAUAAAUGACAAUGGGGGCCGUCACAAUGAUACAUGGGUGGGGCAAGUAGCAUGCCAUGAGAGUCUUGGUGUCACACUCUCAUGGAAGCUGCUUGUUGUGGGAUCCGACGCACCUUCCCAGCGAGGGGCUCAUGCUGCGUGCUGCAUUGACGGCAGAAAGAUGGUUAUCCAUGGAGGAAUUGGGCUCCACGGUGUGAGAUUGUGUGACACAUGGGUGUUGGAACUCUCAGAAAAUUUUCGGUUUGGAACUUGGUACGAAAUCGGGACUCAUCCAUGUCCCCCAGCUCGUUCGGGACACACACUGACCUGCAUUGGAGGAACACGAACGGUUUUAUUUGGUGGGAGAGGAUUAGGUUACGACGUGCUUAAUGAUGUCUGGUUCUUGGACAUUUGUGAUGAUAAUCCGAAAUGGGUACAAGUACUCUAUGAGCUACAAAAUGUUCCAAGAGGAGUUUCUCUUCCACGAGUUGGUCACUCAGCCACACUCAUGUUAGGCGGCCAUCUGCUGAUCUGUGGGGGAGAGGAUUCGUACAGACACCGGAAAAAUGACUUCUGGAUUUUAGACAUAAAUGCAGCUCCAUCCAUUACAAUGCAGCAGCCAACUACGCUGAACUCCAUGCAGGUAUCUGCAAAAAGGUGGAAGAGGUUGAAGGCAAAUGGUUACAAGCCCAAAUGCCGGUCAUUCCAUCGAGCCUGCACAGAUAACUCGGGGCAGUACUUGUUUGUGUUUGGCGGAAUGAUGGAUGGGUUGCUUCAGCCGUCUGACCCUGCCGGAUUGAGGUUUGACAGCGAGCUUCUGCUUGUGGAGCUUGUGCUGAGGUGAUAGUGUUUUCAUGGAUGCCAGUGCAUUGCUCCAUGUCUUGUACAUUGUAGCUCGUUACUUGCUCUUUACAUCUCUUAAGAAUUGAGAUUAUGUUUUUGCUUAAGGAAAAAGAAAAAGGAAUUGAGGUCUGACUAAAUGGCUUUUAUCCAACACCGUUUCCUUCCCCUUCUCCUUCGAAAUUUCUCGUAUAAGAGUGUUUAUUACGUAGAGUGAUGUUUCAGGGCGACCGGCCACCUAAAUGUUUUCAAUUUACUAUGUUAUAAAUUAUAAUGUGUAUACAGGUUUAUCAAUAAUAAAAAAUUGUCGCCAACUUAUAUUA